GCUCCAUAUCCGGUUCCGUUUGCCGCCCGCCGGGAGGUGCCUCGGGGGCGUCUGUCAUUUUUGCCUGCACCGGGUUGAAUUAUCUUAGCUGCCGUCCUGGAUCACUUCCCUACGACCCCGCCACGGCCCUGUUGCUCCAAAGUUGUAUUUGGGGCCAGCGGGGCGCGCCGGAACGCUGCUGUCCUUGGACCCUGCGCCGGCGGCAGCAAUCCUCACGGCAAAGAGUGCGAGCGUUGGUCGUUGCGCAGACGCCGGGAGAGCAUGACUGACGACGCGACCAGGACCUUGGGGAAAGGGAGCAUCCCCCCAGGGCCGGUCCCUGAAGGCAUAAUCCGCCUCUACAGCAUGAGGUUCUGUCCCUACGCGCACAGGACGCGCCUGGUCCUCCGGGCCAAAGGCAUCAGACAUGAAGUUAUCAACAUUAACCUGAGAAACAAGCCUGAAUGGUACUUUACAAAGCAUCCUUUUGGCCAAAUUCCUGUCCUGGAGAACAGCAAAUGUCAACUGAUCUAUGAAUCUGUCAUCGCUUGUGAGUACCUGGAUGACGCUUACCCUGGAAGGAAGCUGUACCCAUAUGACCCUUAUGAGCGAGCUCGUCAAAAGAUGUUAUUGGAGCUGUUCUAUAAGGUCCCACAUUUGACCAAGGAGUGUCUGGUGGCGUUGAGAUGCGGGAGAGACUGCGCUGAUCUGAAGCUGGCCCUGCGUCAGGAGUUCUGCAACCUGGAAGAGAUUCUUGGCUACCAGAACACCGUCUUCUUUGGCGGAGAUUGUAUAUCCAUGAUUGAUUACCUCUUUUGGCCCUGGUUUGAGCGGCUGGAUGUAUAUGGAAUAGCCGACUGUGUGAACCACACCCCUGCGCUCCGGCUCUGGAUUGCAGCCAUGAAGCAGGAUCCCACAGUCUGUUCUCUUCUCACAGAUAAGAACACCUUCCUGGGCUUCUUGAAUCUCUAUUUUCAGAACAACCCCGGUGCCUUUGACUACGGGCUAAGUUGCUGAGCCUUGCAGUCCACCCCUUCACCACCCAGAAUUCCCAAGCCUGUCUUGAUUCUGCACUUCUUUUGGUGGGGCAGUCAGUCUCUCUUCAUUUUCUUUCAGGUUCCAAAUAAACGUGGAGACAGAAUCAUUUCUGAUAAUCAUUUUAUGACUCCUCUAGCCUGUAGCAUCUAGUGCUUCUCUAGAAAUCUCAGUGUUAAUGUCCAGAGAUGUUUAGGGAGACCGUGUGCCUCCCAGCUUGAUGACCUUUGCCCCAGUUUGACCUCCAGGUUAUUGGUGCUGAUGCUGAUGCUGAGGUUCAAGGCCGCUGCCCCAUCACUGAUGCUGUCACUACAGAUUGGUACCCUGCAUAUCUUCCUGGUGAGAGAGAUGAGAAGGAAGAAAGCACUUCAGGUCCACAUACUCUCUGUUUGGCAGAUGAGAGCUGCAGUCCUUGUGGGCGUGCAUGAGUCUCUCUCUGGCUCCAGCUUUUUGGCUGUGGGCCUGGGAGACACCGAGGUCUUGUGACGGAAAGAAUUCCAAAGCAGGAAAUGAAACACCCAGUAUCACCCUGGACUAAUGACGUCAGAAUAUCACCGGUGCUCUUGGCGCUCAGAAUGGCUCACAAAAUGUUCUAGAGUUGACAUCCUGCCUUGAAAAAUUACACAUACCCUAAACCCGGUCUCAGGCAAAGGUCAUUCUGUUGGAUUUGCGUCACAGAUGCUUUCAAUUUACCCCAACACAUGCCCCUGAUUGCCUGUUGUGUACCAAGCCUGGGCCGCGUGAGUGAUAAGGAUGACAAAAACACCAGAGCUCCUGAUCUCUUCACUUUUCCUGGUUGAGAUUUUAAACCUAGAGCUUUGGAGCUGCUUGCCUUGUAGUGGGAAGGCUUCUCUUUUUAAAAAAGAUUGUUUAAACUGGAGUAUAGUUGGUUUACAAUGUUGUGUUCAUUUCAGGUAUACAACAAAGUGAUUCAGUUAUAUAUACAUAUUCUUUUUCAGAUUCUUUUCCAUUAUAGAUUAUUACAAGAUACUGAACACAGUUCCCUGUAUUAUAUAGUAGUCCUUAUGGUUUAUCUAUUUUAUGUUUAGCAGCAUGUAUCUGCUAAGCCCAUACUCCUAAUUUAUCCCUCCCCCAUUUCCCCCUUGGUAACCAUGCUUGUUUUCUGUGUCUCUGAGUCUGUUUCUGUUUUGUAACUAAGUUCAUUUGUAUUGCAUUUUUAAUUCCUUACACAAGUGAUCUAUAGUA